GCGGCGGCCCGGAGGGGCGGUGUCCGGCGCGUCCAGCGUGUCCGGCGGGUCCAACCGGGUCCGGCGGCGGGGUUCGUCGGGCCGGGGCGCGGCGCCAUGAAGCUCUACAGCCUCGGCGUUCUUUACAAAGGCGACCCCAAGGUGGUGCUGCUGAAGAACGCGCACGACGUGUCGUCCUUCAGCUUCUUCCAGCGCUCCAGUGUCUCGGAAUUCAUGACCUUCACCAGCCAACUCAUCGUGGAGCGCUCACAGAAAGGCAGCCGUGCGUCGGUCCGGCAAGAAGGUUACUUAUGCCAUGUGUAUGUGCGGCCUGACUGCUUAGCCGGGGUGGCCAUUGCCGACAGCGAAUACCCCUCUCGAGUGGCUUUCACCCUUCUGGAGAAGGUCCUGGAUGAGUUCUCGAAGCAGGUCGAGAGGAUAGACUGGCCCUGUGGGUCCCCUCAGACCAUCACCUAUGCAGGCCUGGAGGACUAUCUCAGCAAGUACCAGAAUCCCCGAGAAGCUGACCCCAUGACGAAAGUGCAGGCAGAAUUAGACGAGACCAAAAUCAUCCUGCACAACACCAUGGAGUCCUUGUUGGAGCGUGGCGAGAAGCUUGAUGAUCUGGUAUCCAAAUCAGAGGUGCUGGGGAUCCAGUCAAAAGCCUUCUACAAAACGGCCCGGAAGCAGAAUUCGUGCUGUGCCAUCAUGUGACCACUGGAGUGGCACCAUCAUUGGCAUCUGGACGGCAACCCCAGAGGACAGAGCUGCUGCUCGGGAGAUGUGAGGGGCAGAUGCGCCUUUCAUUCCAGAGCUGUGGGGAGGAGCCAUGGGAUAGAGGAAGGGACCUGGGUGGGGGAUAUUGGAAUUCGUAUGUCUAGUGAUUUUUUGAAAGGUAAUUGUGAGCCCAAAAGCAGUGUCUUUGGGGCCAAAUGAAACCAUAAAUUUCUCAGACUCAUGUAGAUACCGAACAACUUUCUGCACUUCCCGUGAGACACCGCCGGUGAGGGAGAGCAGUGCGGGGCCUCGGUGCUUGGAUGCCUGGGUGGCCCCAGAUGUGCACUCCAUCCUGGGAAUACUUCCAGCUUCCAUGUGUCCCUUUCCUGUUCACACUCCAAUAGGACCAGGAGAGGGCAGAGCUUCUUGAAGAUGUCUCUAAAGGGGUAGUGGGCAGAGCCAAGGCCAACCAUGAACCCAGCAGGGCCUCUCCCAGAGCCCUUCCUGGCCUUCAGCGCUGUCCUGGGAAGGGGCCGAGUCUUGGCUUGCCCUUGGUCUUUCCUCACAUCUGCUUUCCCUCUGCCCCGGGCAGCAGGGUCAUAGGUCGACCCCUCUCCCCCAGGUCUGCCUGUUCUUAGAACAGCCUCUCCAGUGUCCUCUGCCACUGAGCGCCCAGAAUCCUGCUCUGUCCCGCUGUGCUUCCUAAGGACACAGGCUGCUGGGGGAAGGUGCUGCCUUUGGCCUGCCAGAAGUUGGGCUCUGCACAGUCCCUGACCAGCACACCCCCUGGACUCACCUUCUCGCUGCCUUUUCUAUGGGCACUGCGCUGACCCCUUGAGUCACCUGCCCACCUGAUUUUCUACUGCCAGAUCCCUAGGAGCCACAAACCUGCUCUCACCUUGUGGCAGGUGUGGGGGCAUAUCCUUGGGGGGGGGGGCCAGAGCAGUGGUGGGCCAGGCCAGAUACAACCUACCAGGAAUCAGUUGGUGUAGAUAUACUAAGAACUGUGGCCUAGCUGCUCUGGGAAAGGGGUUCCAAUCAGGAUAAAACUGUCUUUUGAAAUUCCAAAAA